AUGGAAGUGGCAGCGAAAAUAAGCUUGCUACAUAAAUACUUUUAUUUCCUUCUUAUUUCAUCAAACGUUCUGCACCAUUUGCCCUACUAUUCCGCCACACAAUGUUGCACCUCAGCGCACAACAUCACUUGGUCCUACCCUACCCGGCUAAACAAUUUGAGUCAUCUCCUUACCGAUCCGACACCAGCCACAGCCAAUGAACUUGAAACGGAGACUCCUUUUGCCUCACGCCUUGGGCUAUCUGGCAGCAAUAUCUAUUCAUCUCCUACCAGCACGAGGCGGAAAACAAAAAUGACUCGCCGAAUCCCGCGCCAAUCUGACGACCACAUACCAUUAGUUGCUGCACUCGGUGACAGCCCGUCUGAACAAGUCAGCAUACAUGUGUUCGAUUUCCCCCAAAUGCGACGGUUUACUGACCGUCUAGUCACCCUUGAGGAUACAAUGGGAGAAUGCCUCCUUAAGACCAGCGAUCGAGGUGCCGAUUGGGCCAACUUUGGAGACCCGGAACUUGGUGGAUUUGGCUACCGGCCAACAGACAGUGGAAGAGACUCUUUGCCGUUUAUCGCAGUUGAUCGUAGUGCCGGCGACCCUUGUUUGAAAAUUGAUCCUACCGAAUUGUUGUCAACUGGCGACGGCGUGUUAAUUGACUGGGAGCGCCUGGAGGGCAUCGACCUGGGUUCUAUAUGGCACCAGUUUCGUGUGGCCCUGGAGAACGAGAGUUUGUACAGUGGGGACAGUAGAAGCAUCGCCGCAGAUACCUACUCUUCACUGGGACGAGAAAGCACCGAAAAGAAUGCUGCCUGGGGAAGAGCUGCCAGACGAGAGGGAAACUUUGGUACAAUUAGUUGGUUAAGUUUAGGCCCUGUCCACGGCUCUACUGGAUCUGCACUCAAGACGGGAGAAAUUGGCCCCAAAAACAAUUUGCGCUCUGAAGCGACUCUUACACAUAACAUU